AUGCGGCUACGUACAGUUGUGCUGGGCUCGCUGGCCCAUGGGCUCACCCUCGUGUCCGCGACCGCACUCACAUAUUUGCUUGAUGCGAGUGAGAAGGCCUGCUUCUACUCAUAUGUAGAUUCUCCGCCAGCGAAGAUUGCAUUUUAUUUUGCGGUCCAAUCGGGUGGCUCUUUCGAUGUCGAUUACUCAAUCGUGGGUCCCGAUGAGAAGGUAAUCGUCGACGGGCACAGAGAGAGACAGGGUGAUUUCGUCUUCAACGCCGAGACUGUAGGCGAGUACCGCUUCUGCUUUGACAAUGAGAUGUCUACGUUUGCGGAAAAGAUGGUAGAUUUUGAGAUUGCGGUCGAAAACGAAAUAAAGGCCCAACUCCCUUCGAAACAAGGAGCACCUCCCGAACAAGCGUCUGCAGUCGAAGAAUCCAUUUUCAAGAUCUCAGCUCAGCUGUCAACAAUCAGCCGUAACCAGAAGUACUUCCGGACGCGCGAAAAUCGCAAUUUCAGCACUGUGCGCAGUACUGAGCAGCGGAUUUUCAAUUUCAGCCUUAUCGAGGGCAUGAUGAUGAUGACAAUGGCUGGGCUGCAGGUGUUUAUUGUUCGGUUCUUCUUCCAGGGUGCGAGGAAAGGCUACGUAUGA